AUGUCGGGGGCAGCUCCGCGGCGCCGCGAGCGCGUGAACGUGGUGUGGAAGCCCGCGCACCUGGCGGGCGUGCUGGUGCUCGCUCUGACCUACGUGGACGCCUCCUCCGUGGCGCGCGUGGUGCGCGUACUGCUGUUCCUGUACUUCUUGGCGGCGAGUCUGGACUUGGCGUUGACGCGCUACCACCUCUGGAACUUCGAGCCCACGACGCCCGAGCUCAAGCGCUACGCGCUGGUCACUGGCGCGUCGUCGGGCAUCGGCCGGGAGAUCAGCUACCUGCUCUCGGAGCAGAAGUACUCGCUGGUGCUGGCCGCGCGCACCGAGACGACGCUGGAGCGCAUGCGCGCGGAGAUCGAGCUCGUGAACCGCCCCGCCGAGGUGCUGGUGUGCGCGUGCGACCUGGCCACGACCGAGGGCAUUAACAAACUCAUCAAGUUCGUCAAGGACAAGCAGCUGGUGGUCGACAUCCUCGUGAACAACGCGGGUGCGUGUCUGACCAAGGACUUCACGCAGCUCACGGACAAGGAGAUCGACCAGCUCAUGACGCUCGACAUGCACGCCAUGAUCAAGCUCUCGCGCGCCAUCGUGCCGCAGAUGGUGGAGCGCAAGGUCGGACGUGUGCUGAACAUCAGCUCCAUUGCGGGGGCGCAUGCAGUCCCCACGGCGGCGCUGUACGGCGGCAGCAAGGCCUUCGUGACCAGCUUCAGCCAGGCGCUGAGCUACGAGCUGCGCUCGACCGGCGUCACCGUCACAUGUAUGUGUCCCGGGCCUGUGGCUACCAACUUCAGCAAGACGGCGGAUCUUGACAAGGCAGUGUGUAUGACGGUCCCAGGGAUCACGGCGGAUGCCAAGGACACGGCUAAGACGGCGUUGGACGCCAUGUUCAACGGCGAGGUGCUCGUGUACAACACGUGGUUCGCCUACUUGGUGGCAAACAUGGCGCAGUGCAUUCUUCCGGGCCGCCUAGCUGCUUUCUGCAAUGGUGCUGGAAUGCAUGAGCUGAAGAAUAUCUGGCAGAUGGCUAAGAGAUGA